UGUGACGUUGAAAUAAUGAAAACAUUAAAGAUUGAAUCAUUUGAUUAUUUGAAAGUUUUAUCUCAACUCAUCAUGACAUCGACAUCAAGAGGAGCCCAUGAAACGGAUAAACUAAAAGCUAAUUUGGAAGAGCAAUUGGAAAGGUUAAUCACUCAAUUGUCUGAUCUGGAGGAAUGUCGGGAAGAACUCGAUGAUGAGGAAUACGAAGAGACUCGAAGUCAAACACUGGAACAAUUAAAAGAAUUCAAUGAUUACCUCAACGAUAUUGUCUCUGGAAACAUCACCUUAGUUGACCAACUGGGAGCAUAUCAAUUGGCUAUUCAAGCAGCAAUCAGUAGUGCUUUCAAAACACCCGAAGUCAUCAGAAUGUUUGCUCGUAAACAACCCGAUCAAUUGAGAAUCAAAUUAUCAGAGCUUGAAAGGCAAUUCGAAACCGGUAAAUUGCCUCGAAAUGAUUUCGAUGAAAAAAGAUGUGAAAUUUUGUUGGCGUUAAGAAAAUUGGGCGAAAACCUUACGACAGAUCAAAUGUCAAUAAUCGAAAGACAUUCGUCAAUCGCAAUGAAAGAUUUCCAAAAGUCGAUAACAGUAUUAGUGACCAAGUCUUGAAGGAAACAGGAUCUCAUUUGAAAAAGUCUCUUAAUUAACUUUCACUUUGUUGAUCAAUUUUCAAUAUAAUUAUUAUUCAUUUUCAAACAACCAUGAAGGUUAUAAUCACAAUUACUCAGUCAAUUACUCUAAUCCUUGAUUAUUGCUUCUUCAUUGCAAAACUGUAAAGUUCACAAUUAAACAAUAUGGUUCAUCAUCAA